AUGUCGAAUUGUUUAAGGUACAUAACUGAGGCUCAAAUACCCAGGAAAUACCGGGAAAAGCGUUUACCACCGAUCGAUCUGCUUAAUCCGUUGACUGUACCACCUAUCUACGGUGUCCCAUUAGGGGGCAUUGGUUGCGGUACGAUUGGUCGUGGUUAUAGAGGCGAAUUUUGUCGAUCAAGUCUUAUACCUGGCCGUUUCAAUUAUGACCUCGGUGCGGCUGAUCAGUUUAUUUUAACGCUGUGGAAAAACGGAACUCGCAUAUACCAUCGUGUUCUUUCGACUUCUGAACCUACUAAAGACGUGAAAGGUCUUCAUUCGUGGAAGGGAUCAAUGUCACCGCAUGUGGGUAGCUUCAUUGGUCUCUAUCCACGCUCAUGGACGGUAUAUGAAUUUCCUGAGUUGAAACUCCUGCUAAUAUGCAAACAGGUUUCUCCAGUUAUUCCUAGCAACUAUAAAGAUAGUUGCCUUCCAGUUGGAGUCUUUCAUUGGACUGCCCUUAAUUUCGAUCCUGAAAGUGACGUUAAAAUAUCCAUUACCAUGACUUGGCGGGGUCCUAGAGCACCUAGACGUCCGCUUCCACCAAAGGUGGGGACAGCGGGCACCAUGUGCACAGAAAUUGGGCACUCACGUAAUCACAAAGAUGACGAAUUUACGUUCCCUUUUGAUGACUCGGACAAUCACCUAUCCGGAUGUUUACUGGAAACCUUACUUGAUGACAUGCCCUGCUGUUUUGGUCUCGCAGCCAAGUCAACCGACAAGGUGGAGGUCUCGCGUUGUGUGGGAUUCAGUUUUGGGACCAAAAGUAUGGGCAGAAGCAAACAAAAGGUGACCGGUGAGCAGUUCAACUGCUCCCCAUGGGGCAUCACGACUCACAGGAUGGCCUCUGCUUACGAUGCCAUCAGUGCGACUGAACUCUGGGCAAAUUUGGGCCGGAAAGGUCAUUUAACCUUCGAAAACACUGGCUACUACGUAGAAGGAAGUGACAAGAGUCAUCCACUGAUUGGCAUCGCGGUUUGUGCCUCAUUCAAGGUGGUUGCGGCUGCUUGCGGUGAGGAUGAGGUUGUACCCGGUCAGGAGGACUGUGACUUUUUCCUCACUUGGCACAUGCCACGGGUUCACUUCAGAUCAGCCUUGGUUGCUUACAGGAGGCGUUAUGUGCGCUGGUUUUCAGAGGACAUCCUUAGAGGGACGAGCGAGCUGCUCGUUUAUGCAUCACAGAGAGCGCAUCUUUGGGAAGAGGCCAUCGAAUGUUGGCAAGCUCCCAUCCUGCAAGAUAGUCAUUUGCCGACCUGGUACAAGUCAGCUCUCUUUAAUGAACUGUACUACGUCUCCGACGGAGGCACGGUGUGGUUGGACAUCCUACCCGGAGAGGAAUCAGAUGAAGCGAUAGCAAGGGGCGACAGCCCUGCAACUGGCAACGGCGAUGUCGUCACUAGUGAUGUGGACGAGUUGCGCUCCCCGCUGGAUAAUGUGCGCCAUCGCAACCACAACGUUCAUUGCCGUCGACCUACCCACUACGUCGCCGAUACCUCCACUAAGGGGGAUAUUACUCCUAUUGGCGUGGCUGAAAUCGAGUUGGUUCGUACUCGAGUCAAUGUUGGCAAUGAAAUGGGACUCUUCGCUUAUCUCGAAGGUCAUGAGUAUCGCUUGUACAACACCUACGACGUGCACUUUUAUGCCUCAUGGGCUCUGCUCAAACUCUGGCCUAGGCUCCAGCUAGCAGUCAACUAUGAUCUGGCUGAUAUGGCUGCUAGCGAGGACUGCUCCCCUAUGAAGCCAUUUUUCAAGGUGGCUCGUGACAAAGAUCGCAUCCUCAAUUCCGCUCUUUCGGUGCCCCACGACUGCGGGGACCCCGAGGAUGAGCCCUGGUAUCGCGUAAACGCCUAUACCAUCCGUGCAACUGAUGAGUGGAAGGACCUCAACCCCAAAUUUGUGCUUAUGGUUUGGCGCGACUGGAAGAUUACCACUGAUGACAGUUACCUGUUCUAUAUGCUUCCAUUAGUUUUGGCUAUCAUGGAAAGCUGUCUUGAAAAAUGGGAUAAGGACGAAGAUGGAAUAAUUGAGAGUGCUGACUUUCCAGAUCAGACUUAUGACAUGUGGAAGGCUAUUGGUCUCGGUGCUUAUGUUGGAGGUAUUUGGCUUGCAGCGCUUUACGCAACCAAGGAAAUGGUUUCGUACACCCUUUCGAUGGAGCAUAAUCCCGCGAAGAGGGAAGCUCUCGCGGGGCAGGAGCGCAAAUUUGCGGACCUUUUAUCUAAGGCAAAAACUAACUACUAUGAGAAGCUGUGGAAUGGGUCCUUUUACCGCUACGAUAUGCACGACAGUGAGACCAAUCCUACUAUAAUGGCUGAUCAAAUAUGCGGUCAUUGGCUGUUGCGUACUUGUGGAGCUCCAAUCGAUGCAAUUCUUCCAGAAAAUACAAUUCUCACCACGAUUGAUUCGGUUGUCAGCAAAAAUUGGCGAUCGGCGCUAAGCGGAGAAAUGGGCGCCAUCAACGGGAUUCACAAGAAUGGUAAAAUCAUUUCUAACAUCCAAGCUGAUGAGUUCUGGGUUGGUACCAACUACUCUCUUGCAUCUCUCUUUAUAAUGGAGGGGAUGCCGAUCAAUGGAUUCGACCUUGGUAGUGCCUGUUACAAAACGGUAUACGAGAAUCUGGGAUUACAAUAUCAAACCCCUGAGGCUUACACCAUGGAGAAGAGCUACCGAUCUCCGGGAUAUAUGCGUCCUCUCUCCAUCUGGAGCAUUCAGCAUGCAAUCGAGUUGAGAAGCCUUCACUUUGAUGAGUCCAGCCCCACCCGAACCACCGACUAG